UGGUUUAAAUAGAGGACGGGUCUGCCGCAUGGGAGCGAAGCUUAGGGAAACCUUUUCCGCUUGUUGUGCUACGACAUAUCGAAACGCUUGUCGGCUUCGUCUCUCAGGAUGCAGAUAACCAUGCACUCGGCCGCCGCGGCGGCGCUGCUGGCGGCAGGCGCUCAAGCAUUACUGCGCUUCUCGUGCUCGCAGCUCGUCGUCGAGCGCCUGGACCCGCUCGUCAACCCGGGCGUCGUCGGUUCGCCGCACGUCCACCAGAUCAUCGGCGGUAACGCUUUCAACAGUUCGAUGGACUACCCGCGGAUGGACAUUCCCGGCGAGGCUACUUGCACCACGUGCACGUUUGCCGAGGACACGUCGAACUACUGGACCGCCGUGCUGUACUUCCGCGCCAGGAACGGCACCUACAAGCGCGUCCAGCAGAUGGCCAACUCGGGCUUCGAGGGCGCUAAGGGCGGUAUGACGGUUUACUACACGCCUAGCUACAAUAACGCCAAGGUUACUGCUUUUAAACCUGGCUUCCGUAUGAUCGUCGGAAACCCGAACUACCGAACCGAGGCGGAGGCCAAGAAGUACCGCCAACUCACCUACACCUGCCUGGAGACCAUCCUGACCCGAUCCGGAGAGACCAUGGACAUGCCGAAGAAACCGUGCAAGAUGGGAAUCAUGGCUAACAUUCGUUUCCCCACCUGCUGGGACGGCAAGAACCUCGACAGCGCGGACCACUCGAGCCACGUGGCGUACCCGGCGAGCGGGACGUUCGAGAGCGGGGGCGCGUGCCCGUCGACGCACCCGGUCAAGAUCCCGCAGCUCUUCUACGAGGUGAUCUGGGACACGCGGCCGUUCAACGACCCGAACGACUGGCCGGCCGACGGCAGCCAGCCCUUCGUCUGGUCCUACGGCGACCCCACCGGCUACGGCAACCACGGCGACUACAUGUUCGGCUGGAAGGGCGACGCCCUCCAGAAGGCCAUGGACCAGAACUGCAAUAUCGGAUGCCCCGCCCUGCAGACGCAGUCGAUUGCCCAGGCGAACCAGUGCAGCAAGCAGGUUACUGUUAAUGAGGAUAUUGAUGGCUGGCUCACGGAACUCCCUGGCGGAAUGCCUGUCACUGGUGCUGGCGGAAAAGUUCUAUAUUAAGCACAUAUUUAGUUAGAUCAGGGUGUAUAUGAAGAGUGAAUUAAUAAAGACCAUAAUGAAUCACGCAGAAUGCAACGCUUAGACCUGAGGU